CUUCAAUCACGUCACUGACCUUGAACUCACAGUCUACAAAUGUUACAGUAGAUGAAUUGACUCCCGUGCAUAUGAGAUGCAAUGUUACCAGUAAUCCGGGAUCUCACAUCAAACUGUUGAACAACUCACAGAUUCUGCGUGACGUGACAAACUCUAAACAGGCUGAGUACACGUGGAACCAGGCUGGGUGUCUGGAUACAGGACCCUACACGUGUGAAGCUAGAAACAGCAUUGUACCUUCUGUCCGUCAAAGUGUGCAGCUCAGUGUUAGAUGUUCACCACGACGAGACCAUCGAGUUCCAUUCAAGGACAGAUUUGUUACAGCUGUGGGUGGUGAUGUGACACUCACAAUAUCUGUGAUUGCCAAUCCUACACCCACAUUUACCUGGUACAGACUGAGUGAUGGGACGAAAAUGAAUCUUACAUCAGAAAAUUCAACUACAGCUGAUGUAUCUGCUACUGGAAGUCUCGCACUAAAAAAUGUUCAGCAGAAAGAUUUUGGAAUCUAUCAAGUGGUCGUGUCAAAUGGAGAUAAAAAUAGAGAUUUCCUGGCAAAAUUUCCACUUAUUGAAGAAGGUCCCACAAGCGUUCCCUCUGACGUCAGUGUAUGGGGUAGCGGCCUUGCAGUCGCAGUGGCGUGGAUAGAGGAAUUCAAUGGAGGGCUACCUCAGACAUUCCUAGUACAGUAUCGGGCUGAUGGAACGACACAGUGGGAAAACCUUACUGAAGUGUUUGAGGAAAUAGGUGUCAAAAAGGUCCAUGCAUCUUUAAUAUCGAAUCUGCAGCCAACGGCGAGAUAUCUGGUCCGAGUUUUAGCUUAUAACACACACGGGUACAAAGGAUUCACACACGAGCAGGAGGUUCUAACUGGUGAAGAAAUCUCACAAAAAGACACUUCACUGGGAACAGGCAUUGGUGUUGGAAUUACAAUAAUGACGGCAAUGUUGAUAAUCGUCAGUGGAAUUGUAUACACCUAUUGGUGGAUGAGAAACGGUAAACCAGAAUUCGGGUGCACUAAAAGACAGUCCGGUAUUGUAGCACAAGAGAACCCUGUCUAUGAAGACCUUGAACAAAAUCGAGGUGACGAAUCUGUUACUGAGACCAAUGCAUCCAGUAAUUAUACCUCACUAGAAACCACAAAGGAAACAUCAUUCGACGAUCUGGAAGUUUACGAAAAUAGAUCCGAGAUCAAAGGUGACGAAUCUGUUACUGAGACCAAUGCAUCCAGUAAUUAUACCUCACUGGAAAUCAGAAAAGAAACACAAUUCGACGAUCUGGAAGUUUACGAAAAUAGAUCCGAGAUCAAAGUUGACAAAUUGGUUACUGAGACCAAUGCAUCCAGUCAUUAUACCUCACUGGAAAUCAGAAAAGAAACAUCAUUCGACGAUCUGGAAGUUUACGAAAAUAGAUCCGAGAUCAAAGGUGACGAAUCUGUUACUGAGACCAAUGCAUCCAGUAAUUAUUCCCCACUGGAAAUCAGACAAGAAAAACCAUACGACGACCUGGAAGUUUACGAAAAUAGAUCCGAGAUCAAAGAAUGAGUGAAGCAUUAAUUUACGCAGAUACAGUAUCUAUAAAGCGAUCAUCCUAUACACUUUGGUCAGCAUUUUAUGGUGUGGAAACAUCUACAAAAACUCAGCAAGAUGAAGAUAACAUUUUUAUGAAUGUUUUAGACAUCUGUUCACAGCAAUGAUUGAAAAUCGACAUGGGUGGCAAUGCCCAGUGACUUCAAUGGACUUCAUGUCGCCGCUUUCUUAGUGCAGGCAGCAGGGGUGGGGGUCAAAGGUGCCCUCUUCAGCCGCAUUAACAUACAGUCUAUGUUCUGUGGUAUAUCCUACGUUUAGUAAUAAAAUAGUGUACAUGCUUCAGUUUGACUUUCGUCUCUUAAGCUGCAUUAACAUACAGCCUAUGUUCUGUGGUAUAUCCUACGUUUAGUAAUAAAAUAGUGUACCUGCUUCAGUUUGACUUUAACAAACACUCUAUGUUCUGUGGUAUAUCCUACGUUUAGUAAUAACAUAGUGUACAUGCUUCAGUUUGACUUUCGUCUCUUCAGCCGCAUUAACAUACAGUCUAUGUGUUGUGGUAUAUCCUAUGUUUAGUAAUCAAAUAGUGUACAUGCUUCAGUUUGACUUUUGUCUCUUCAGCCGCAUUAACAUACAAUCUAUGUGUUGUGGUAUAUCCUAUG